CGGCGCGAUCUGGUGACAAAUAAUGGAAAUGCGAUAGCGGGUACAUGUGUGCGCUGUAUGUGCGUAAUACCGAUUGCUAGAAGCCACUCACAAGAAAGCCUAUUGACAGUAUCAGUUGGAACUCAGUUAUCUAAUCAAAAGCUUCGUUAUAACUUUAAUUUGUGUUAUUGAAGCUCCCGAUUGGAUAACUGCGAUCCAUCUGAUCAAACGUCAAUUCGCCAUUUAUUUAAAUCAGAGUAUAGCAUGCUGGCCGAGGCGAGUGGUGCGCGUGUAGCAGAGAUCCAAGAGACUUGACGUGUGUACCGGUCCACAGCAGGUGUGUGUCAAGGUGUUUUUAAAAGGGAGACGAUUCAGAAUGAAAUUUGUCUUGUGUUCAGCGUCCAAGUGCUCUCGUAGGCUCGGAAAGAUAAUAGAUGUACAACGACUUCCAGACCUCGCAUUUGAAACGCCUCUUUUCUUCUUACAUUCAAAGGGAGGAGCCAUUCCACAUAUCACUCAUGAAGUUUUACAGAUGAUAAGUGGAAAACCAAUCAGUAUUCAGGUUCCUGUGGCAAGUACAUUACAUAGUGAGGAUGCAGUUCGAGAUUUUAAGAAAGGAUUAGCUGAAUUCAUUGGACUUGCAGAGAAUUUAAUUUACUGCACAGUGCAAGACUCAGCUGCAGGUGUAGCAAGUGGAUUUAAUGACAAGUCAAAAGUAUCUGUUUUUACCCGGAAAGGAAGGAGGGAGUUAGAUGCAGAAAGGUACAUGAAUGUAAUGGAAGCAUUUUGCCCUGACAUGUAUCAAGUUUUACAUGAUGGGGACACUGAUGCAAAUAGUGGCAAGAAAAGAGUUACGAAGGCAGUAGAUCGUACAUCGCGUUUUACAGAAGUAUGUUUACAGCGACAUAAAUCAUCUGCGGUUUUACAAAACAAAGCAAUACUGGGAGUUAUUGAAGGAGGACACAAUAUCAGUGCUAGAGAAACAAGUGCAAAGGAGAUGAGAGAUCAUCCUUUUGCUGGAUUUGUCAUUGAUGGACUUUGUAAACAGGGACCAGAAACUGAAAACAUUCAGACAAGUGACAUAAAAGAAAUAAUUGAGAAGACUCUGGCUUUUCUUCCUACGGACAAAUUUCGAAUAAUUCAUGGAUGUUGGAAUCCCGAAGUAAUUUUAGAUUUAGUGGAUAUGGGAAUUGAUAUGUUUGAUGGAUCAUAUCCAUUUAUUGUCACAGAGAGAGGUGCUGCGUUAACAUUUUGUAAUCAAAUAGACAGUUACACCGACUGUCACAAUUUAAACACUCCAUCUAAGGAAACUGAAGAAGAAAAUAUUUCUGAAUGCAGAAUUUAUGAGAUAGAUUUGAACAAUAAAAUGUAUUUUGAUGAUUUACAACCAGUUAGUAAAACAUGUUCAUGUUUAACCUGUAAAGAACAUACUAGAGCAUACAUACAUCAUUUACUUUCUGCAAAAGAAUUACUUGGGACAGUUCUGUUGAUGAUUCACAAUAUACAUCAUUAUAUGGAAUUCUUUCAAACCAUUCGGAGAGCUAUUAAAGAUGACAUUUGGGAAGAUUUUCACAAAAAAUUUAAACAGAACUUGAAGAAAUGAGAAGAAACUAUUGUUUUUCUUAAUUUUUAAUAGCAAUUUUUUUUAAUGCCUGUGACAUGCUUAUGUGAUAUUUUACCUUUGUACAAAUAUUUAAUAAAAGCAAUGUUUAUUCUUUCCAAAA